UUACUAGUCUUCAGAUUAGUGACGCGCACGCACACAAGCACGCAGUGCACGAGCACGAGCACGCAGUGAUCAGAGUGAAUCUCAUUUAGGCCUGUUGACGUUCGGCGUUAUCGUCUUGUUUACGGUCACGAUGCCGACUAUUAAACUGCAGAGCUCUGAUGGGGAGAUGUUUGAGGUGGAUGUUGAAAUCGCAAAGCAGUCUGUCACUAUUAAAACCAUGCUUGAAGAUUUAGGGAUGGAUGAUGAAGGAGAUGAUGAUCCAGUUCCUCUGCCCAAUGUUAAUGCAGCAAUCCUCAAAAAGGUCAUUCAGUGGUGCACCCACCAUAAAGAUGACCCCCCUCCCCCUGAAGAUGAUGAAAAUAAAGAGAAGAGAACAGAUGACAUCCCAGUGUGGGACCAGGAGUUCCUCAAAGUAGACCAGGGCACCCUCUUUGAACUUAUUCUGGCUGCAAAUUAUUUGGACAUCAAAGGUUUGCUAGAUGUUACUUGCAAGACAGUUGCAAACAUGAUCAAAGGCAAAACCCCGGAGGAGAUCAGAAAGACUUUCAAUAUCAAAAAUGAUUUCACAGAGGAAGAGGAAGCCCAGGUACGCAAGGAGAACCAGUGGUGUGAAGAGAAAUGAAGGCCGACAUCAUAACACUACGGAUUGUUCCAAACAAACAAACAAAGUGGAUAAAAAUUGCACUGCGCUGUUCAUAUUUGUUAAGAUUCAACACAAAUAAACAUAGUCACAUACUUGUUUUGCUGGCAUGACCAUUUUCAUGGCUUGUGUGGUGCAAAAGCUCUUUCUUUCUAUUUGUAAUUUCUUUCUUCUCUGGAAUGAGUAAACCUUUAUUCUUGUAGAUACACACUCCCUUUUGUGACCACUGUAAUCCAUUGUGUAUUUUAUCUUGCUGUUUUUUGUUAUCAGAACGUUAUGUCAGCAGAGUGAAUAGUAGAUUUCUUUGUCAUUUUUGGAAAUGAGCUUGCCUUGAGGGAAAUUUUAUAAACCGCCUUAUUUGUGUUGAUGAUGGGCGAGUAUUGGAAAUGUCAAAAGCGCCGAGAAGUUUGAGAGUUGUCUAGUGAACUGGAAGUGCUUGUGUAUUCUGUCACGUAAUUUCCUCUGCCUCAUUGUAUGGGACUGAAAGUUUAGCACCUAAAACGCCAAUUAGAAUUAUUAAUCUUUUAAUUCCAAAACAAAUAAAGCAGGAUUCUUGUGGGA